AUGGCGGCGGCCGAGACGAAGAUCAUUUACCACCUGGACGAGCAGGAGACGCCGUACCUGGUGAAGCUGCCGAUCCCGGCCGAGCGCGUCACCCUCGGCGACUUCAAGGGGCUCCUCAAUCGCCCCAACUACAAGUUCUACUUCAAGUCCAUGGACGACGACUUCGGGGUGGUGAAAGAAGAGAUCUCGGAUGACAAUGCCAAGCUUCCCUGCUUCAACGGCCGGGUGGUGUCGUGGCUGGUGUCUGCAGAGGGUUCCCAUUCAGAUGCUGGCUCAGUCUGUGCUGAUAACCAGACAGAGCUGCCACCCUCCAUGGAGCGCACAGGAGGAAUUGGAGACUCCAGGCCCCCCUCUUUCCACCCUAACACUGGGGGGAGCCGGGAAAACUUGGACAAUGAGACAGAGACAGACUCGGUGGUGUCAUCGCAGAGGGAACGACCUCGUCGGACUGAUGGGCCUGAGCAUGCACCCAGGGUGAAUGGGACAGUGAAGGGAGAGCGACGCCGAGACCUGGGUGGGUACGAGAGCUCCUCCACGCUCAUGAGCAGCGAGCUGGAGACCACCAGCUUCUUUGAUUCAGAUGAAGAUGACUCCACCAGCAGGUUUAGCAGUUCAACAGAGCAAAGCAGUGCUUCCCGUCUAAUGAGGCGGCACAAGCGACGCCGGCGGAAACAGAAGGCUCCACGCAUUGAGCGGUCCUCGUCCUUCAGCAGCAUCACAGACUCCACCAUGUCCCUGAACAUAAUCACAGUCACGCUGAAUAUGGAGAAAUACAACUUUCUGGGCAUUUCUAUUGUGGGACAGAGCAAUGAGCGUGGGGAUGGAGGCAUUUACAUUGGCUCUAUCAUGAAGGGAGGUGCUGUGGCAGCUGAUGGCAGGAUUGAGCCAGGAGACAUGCUCUUGCAGGUAAAUGAUAUCAACUUUGAGAACAUGAGCAACGAUGAUGCUGUACGGGUGCUGAGGGAGAUUGUGCACAAGCCGGGGCCCAUCACCCUGACAGUGGCCAAGUGCUGGGACCCCAGUCCGCGGGGCUGCUUCUCGUUACCCAGGAUUGCUCCCCAGCGGAUCUGGGCUGGGCCAGACUCUCCAUGCUCCGAUCCGGGUGAGCCCAUCCGGCCCAUUGACCCGGCAGCCUGGGUGUCUCACACAGCAGCGAUGACUGGCACCUACCCAGCGUACGGUAUGAGUCCAUCCAUGAGCACAAUCACUUCCACCAGCUCCUCCAUCACCAGCUCCAUCCCAGAGACUGAACGCCUCGAUGACUUUCACCUGUCCAUCCACAGUGACAUGGCCACCAUUGUCAAAGCCAUGGCCUCCCCAGAGUCAGGCCUUGAGGUGCGUGACCGCAUGUGGCUGAAGAUCACCAUCCCCAAUGCCUUCAUUGGUUCGGAUGUGGUAGAUUGGCUCUAUCACCAUGUGGAGGGCUUUACAGACCGUCGUGAGUCCCGCAAAUAUGCCAGCAAUCUGCUGAAGGCUGGCUACAUCCGACACACUGUGAACAAGAUCACCUUCUCGGAGCAGUGCUAUUACAUCUUCGGGGACCUCUGUGGAAACAUGGCUAAUCUGUCUCUUCAUGAUCAUGAUGGCUCCAGUGGUGCCUCUGAUCAGGAUACUUUGGCUCCACUCCCCCACCCAGGAGCUGCACCCUGGCCUAUGGCCUUCCCAUAUCAGUAUCCACCACCUCAUCCAUACAACCCCCAUCCUGGCUUCCCUGACCCAGGCUACAGCUACGGAGGGGGCAGUGCAGGCAGUCAGCACAGUGAAGGGAGCCGGAGCAGCGGUUCCAAUCGCAGUGGCAGCGAGAGGAGGAAGGAGAGAGAGAAGACCGGAGAGUCAAAGUCAGGCGGCAGCGGGAGCGAGUCAGACCACACCACGAGGAGCAGCAUGCGGCGUGAGCGUGCGGCCAGUGAGCGCUCAGUGCCGGCCAGCCAGCACAGCCAACGCAGCCAGCACUCCCUGGCUCACAGCAUCCGCAGCCACCACAGCCAGCAGUCAUACGGGCCACCCGGCCUCCCCCCUCUCUUCAGCCCCCCCAUGUUGCUGAUGCCUCCACCGCCAUCAGCCAUGGGGCCCCCCGGGGCGCCACCAGGCCGUGACCUGGCCUCUGUGCCCCCCGAACUGACAGCCAGUAGACAGUCCUUCCGAAUGGCCAUGGGCAACCCCACAAAGAAUUACGGGGUGUUUGACUUUCUCUGAGCCUGCCGCCCGUGGGGGGGAGAGCUGGAGCUUGGCGUGGCCCGACAGCAGGACACGGAGCUCCAGGGGCGCUGGGCACGCAUGGCGCUGAAGAUGGCUUCUUUCCUCCCCCUCGCGGAAGAUGCCCUGCCCUUCCCCCAGCCCUGAGAGGGGAGCAGGGACCAGCCUUAUAUAUGUAUUUUAAAUCCCGUUGUAGUUGCCUUUUGGCUAAUGCAUGAAUGUUCCAGGGCUUCAGUGCCUCCAGGGAGUGGAGAGAUGCUGCCACUUCCCUCUUGCCCACAUAUUGGGCCAGGUCGGAGCCUGACACUGCCCCGUGGCCGGACCUUCCUUCACCUUGGUCGGACGUUAGGGCUGGAGCUGUAGCUCUGCAUCCAGCCCAGAGAGGUGGUGAUUGCCUGUGCAGAGUUUCUUGCCUGACUCAGUGCUCUACACCUGCCUUGGGGUUCUUUGGGGGAAUUUAAGGGCAGAGCUCUACUCCUUCCAUCCUGCUCCUUGCCCUCCUGCCUGCAAUGUCCUGCUGCCUGUCCUGUUUGUAGGGGCUGUCCCAUGCCUGAGGCUGGUAAUGGCAGCUGUGGCCUUCUCCCUCCUGCUGUCGCGCUGCUGCUCAGCUAUGUGAUACCUUCAGGGGCCUGGAUGGAGUUAGAAGGCGAGGGCAGGGCACACCUGGUGCCCUGCUUCACUUCCAUGCUUUGGAGAAAGGUGGAGGCACUCUGUAUUUGCCCUCUGAAGGGCAUGAGUCUGUAUCCUUCUCUGCCCAGUGCUGCUGGCCUGGCUGCUGGGAGGGACGAAUCAGGGACAGCCCCACUCCAGCUGGGUAUGAGCAGUGCCUGGUGGCAACAGGAGCUCUCCAGGGAUAAGACUGCAGCCUGAACCAUGUCCUCUGGGCUCAUUGCCCACAUGUGUGCUGGGACAGUUGAGUCUGGUUGCUCCAGUGCUCCCUGCCUUUCUUCCUUCCACUUCUGGGUACUCAGAGACGUGCCUGGGGCUGGGGCACCCCUUUCCCCAUGCCCAGGGCCAAGCACGGUACAGUAUGGACAUGCUCUGCUGCUGUUGGUGCUGGUGCCCCCGGCACCCUCUCCUCCUGCCACACCGUGGCUUUCUCCAUAAGCGUUGCCUCCUUUGCUCUUGUGUUUGCGGUUUUUAUACGAUGGAGUUUAAUUGUAUUUUGCUCCCUGGGAGUCUGCACUGCCCCUGCAGCCCCACUUCCAGCUCUCACGCACCAUCAGUUCAUCUCCCUGACUCCCUGAAGCCUCUCCUUCCCUCAGCCCGCUGGAGUCACUGUCCCCAGUAGCCUCCCUGGCCACUGCUCCCCCCUUGCCCUGCCCUAACCACUGGGUUUUAUAAAAACAACACCAAUCUCCUUGUUUUUAUUUAUAAACAUAGUUUUAUUGGA